AUGGAUCCUUGUGAUUGGAACAAAAAGAGACGUAGCCCAUUUCAAGAGGCUUUGCAAUUCUACAUUGAUCGCUUCGGCCAGGACAGAAUCAUUUUUAUUAUAUGCUUAUUUUCAAAAGAAUAUUCUGCAAUGAUAGAAGCAUGUGAUGAGGUCCUAACUAAACUUGAAAACAAUUGGCUACUACUGGCUGAAACAGAGGAAGAAGUUGAUCAGUGGAGGGAUGAAAUGUUUAGGCGAAACAGAGCCUCUAAAAAAGAUCUUUCUGAUCGGUGCAUAAUUGGUAUGCAAUGGGCCGACGUUAAUUCAACAAUUGUGAGUGUUACUAAACGAAUUGAAGAACAUCGAUGCAUUCUUCCAUGUUCUACAGGAGCACUAGUGGAGAUUCGUGAGAAAAAACUGAAAGAUUGGUGUGACCUGAAUAUUUUGACUGCUGGGGAUUUUCACUUCGUGAGUGAUGAAC